GACCGUCGCCCGAUCUUCCAGACGACGGGAAAAAGAAAAAAUUACCGUUUAGUAUGUGCCGACUUGUUGCCGUCUCCAAGACUAGCAGCCGUCGUUUCCGUCAAUGGAGUCGACUGCUGAGACAAACAAGUUGAACGAUCGAUCAAAUGGAAUGAAUACUCAACAACCGACUAGAUAUCUUAGGAUAUCUUCGGCCCUGUUUUAUGCAGCGGCUUCUUUUCUCAUCACUGUGGUGAACAAAAUAGUGUUGACCAGUUACAAAUUUCCUUCAUUUCAAGUUCUCGGGCUUGGACAGAUGGUUUCAACAGUGGUGGUCUUGUCCGUGUCUAAAAAAUUAGGAUAUGUUUCAUUUCCUUCAUUACAAAAAGAUACAUUCAGAAGAAUAUGGCCGCUACCACUUAUUUUUGCUGGAAACAUGAUGACGGGACUUGGUGGUACUCAGCAGCUAAGUUUGCCAAUGUUGACAGUACUCAGGAGAUUUUCAAUUCUUAUGACUAUGGUAGCUGAAUACUACAUUCUAGGACUCACUGCUUCUUGCUCAGUACAAUUUUCAGUUUAUAUGAUGAUAUUUGGUGCAUUAGUUGCUGCUAGUGAAGAUUUGGCAUUUAAUUUGCAAGGCUAUACAUAUAUUUCAUUAAAUAAUAUCCUGACAGCUUCAAAUGGAGUGUUUUUGAAGAAGAAACUUGAUGCCAAAGACUUGGGCAAAAAUGGCUUACUUUUCUACAACUCCCUUUUCAUGAUUCCUCUUGCACUAAUUAUUGCUGGAGUGUCUGGAGACUUGCACAAGGCAUGGGAGUACCAGCAGUGGGGUGACAUUGGAUUCCUGUCACAAUUUAUGGGAUCCUGUUUUAUGGGUUUCGUUCUUUCUUACAGCACUUUGCUGUGUACUCAAUACAACUCUCCCUUGACAACGACAAUAGUAGGCUGUUUGAAAAACAUAGCCGUCACUUACUUAGGGAUUUUUAUUGGUGGUGACUAUAUUUUCUCCGUCACCAACUUUAUAGGACUCAAUAUCAGUGUGGCAGGAAGCCUUGUUUACACUUGGGUUACAUUCCGAGAGAAAGAAACCAGGAAAUCCGGAAAUGAUGUUGAUGAAAAACCAUUACUGACAAAAGAAAAAGAAUCGCCUGCUUAAUUUGUAUUUUUUUUUUUUUUUUACUUAUCGCUGAACAAGUGCGUAAUAAUUGAGAUCUCGAUUCGAGAUUUAAAAAAUUCUUCCUUAUCGCUGGGAUGCAUUGACUUAAAAGUAUCAAAUAUUUCCGCGUUAUUUAAACGAGCCUUACUUCUUGACGAAAUUGCAAACCGUAUUUGUUACCAUUUUUUACAUUUGAUUAUUACAAUUGUCUUAAAGCAUC